AUGUCGAGCAAAACCAAGAGUCGAAAUAAGUUGCUAUCGUCUCAUAAAAGCACGUCGCUUAGUAAUUUCUCGACAAAAGAUGAAUUGUUAGCAUUGAAGUAUCUGAUGGAUAAGCCCGCGUUACCUAUAUAUCCCUUGGAGGAUUUAUGCAGCGGCGGCAGUGGGAAUGGGGGUGGGAGCGUUAGCAGUGGUAGUGGCAGUGGCAUUAGUGGAGGAGGGGGAGGAGGAGGAGGAGGAGGAGGCGGCGGCGGCACCACCACCGUUAGUAGCACCCGCUCUCCUAAACCAUCAAGAAGCUCGUAUGAAGUAAAGUCUGUAAGCUCCAAUGAGCUCACAUACCCGGACUUUAUACCGUGGAAGGACCAUACUCAAUUACCCAAAAAUCAACAGGUUCUGGAGCACCAGAACUUGGAUAAUCCAUCACAUCUCACAAGAGGUUUUGUUGAAAAUCCUCAUGUUACAAACGAGUACUGUUCAGCUCGAAAUUUGCUUCAAGCGACCCUUUUCUCAUCGACUGAAAACUGCGCUACUGUGAUAAACGAGUUGUCUCAACACCUUGCGAGCUCUUUCAAAGCAAGAAACGAGAUUAUCAACAAGAUCAAAUAUGAUUCAAAUCAUUUUCGAAUACCGCAGAGAAUUACAUUAACGGCGUCUAAAAAGGAAAGUUGGUUUCGGGACUUGAGCAAUCCUGGUAUACCUUUGCAGAAAAUCGGCGAGAAGAUUCCCCAUGGUAUUAGAAACAAGGUUUUGUUGGACUCUUUGAGUUCGAAAAAAGUGCCCAUCGAUAGAGCUUUGUGGUUCACUAAAUGCGUAUUGCAUGGAGAGUUGUUAUCCUUAAAGAGAAAGUAUUAUUCACGUGCAAACACGAAUUUAAACAUGACUGACUCGUCGUUGACUUUUCCUCAAUCAUCUGAGAUGACUAGUGUGGAAAAAUACGAACUUCAUUGGUUACAGGACUGGACGCAACAGGUUGCGGACUAUAUGUUUCGUUUUGCAAAAGAAUUGAGCAAAAUUUCCAACUUUGAAAAGAAAGAGUCUUGCAUGAGAAAGCUAAAUUAUCUUUUAGAUCUUUUUCGCUCAUUUUACGUGGAAUCACUUAUAGAUAAGCCAUUUUUCCUUUCAAUGCUUUUGAAACCUUUGAAAGAAGAUUUGCCUCUGGAUUCUCAAUACAUCAAAAAGCUUUUACGUAGAGGAAACAAAGACUAUGUGGAAGAAGAGGAUGAUUACGAAGAAGAUGGCGAAGAAGAAGAAGAUGAUGAUGAUGACGAAGAAGAAGAAGGUGAAGGUGAAGGUGAAGGUGAAGGUGAAAAAGAAAAAAUUGAUGUUGCAAAUGAUAGAGGAAAAGGUAAUCAAAAAAGGAAACGAGUAAGGAAGAAAGACAAGCUAAAAAUUGAUCUACAUUACGAGCAGCGUCUCCUUGCGCUAACCUUUGUUAAAAUGUUUUGGAAUGAUCUUGUUCAGUAUGAUUAUCUAGCCAAGGAGUUGAGUGAGUUGCUAUUACUCAACCACUUUUUCCUAACAAAACUUUCCUAUUUUGUAGCACUGGACUUGCCAGAACAGUUUCGGUCGAACUUGAUCAACUUGAUAAGUGAUUCAACAGUCUAUUUAUUCAAGCUCAACACCAACUUUUUUGUGAUACCAGAAACAUGGUUGUUUACGGGGACGUCCUUGUCCAAAAUAUUAUCGGAGCAUAUUGAACAUUCAGAUGAAACAACGAAAAAUAAAUUCAAAGAUCAAUUGGAAUUGGUAAAGUAUCGCAAUGAGAGUUUAAUAUUGAAUAUGAAAAAUUUGCAACCUACGCUACAAGACUCCAGGAAUGGAAAACUUAAUAGCGACAACAAUGAUAAUGAUAAUAAUAAUAAUAACAAUAAUAACAAUACCAAUAAUAGUAAUAAGCGUGUCCCAGUUCAACUGUUGGAGGAUGUGAAAAUUGGAAGGAAGUCCUCCAACAAUGUGGUGUUUCAAAUAGUGGAAAGUUUAGAUCGUCUUCGGUUAAAUGAGGACCUAGCGCGGUUGUUGAGACCUGAUGGUUUCAAUGCGAGUGAUAACGAUUGGAAGCUAAACUUACAACUUGUAUUGACCUGGUGUGUAUCCAGAUGGAGGAAGAACUGGCCCGAACAAAAUGUCAAUAUUUUAAUUGUUUGUAAGUUUUUGAAAAAAUGUGUUCUUCAACCUUGUUCUGACAAGUCAUUGAGAUCCGAACUUGAAAAUGAAGUUUUGGAAAUAAUAUACAGAUUUGCUCAGGAAGAUAAUGGGUUAAAGUCAAUUGAUAAAUGCAAAUUGUUUGUCUUGAUAAAUGUAAUGUACUCGUUGAAAAUCAUUACGAUUUCAUCUUACUUGAGAAAACUUAUAGCAUCAGGGGUGUUUUAUCUCGCGCCAGAGGACGUGGCAGAUUUUCUGCAGUUGCCAUUGACAAUAAAGACUCACUUGGACAUUUUGCAAAACUUGCCCGUUAUUAACAACAGGCAGUGCAACAACAUUUUGAGGAAAUGGAAAUUACCAGGAGUUGGCUCUAAUGAGAAAUUGGACAUUGCAAAAGCAUGUUUGAAAGAGGAAUUGCUCGAUAAGAUUAUGAAAAACCAAUUUGAUUCGCUUUCCACUAAUUGGAAGGAUGUUACUAAGUUGUUAAACGUAGGAUCAAGAUUUUUUUUGGUCAGUUGGUUUACAAACGAAUUAGAACUGGAUAUCAAAUGUACUUCAAAAUUGAUACACUUUACUCCUGCUGUCUUGGUUGCCUUGUAUCAAUUCUAUGCAAUCUGUAACAAUCUUGCUAUGUUUUUUGAGGUUGUAGUCCAAAUGAUUCUUAGAAAUGAUAGUGGAAUAAUAUUGGUUUACCUAGAUGAACUAUACUUUAUAUCUCGAUUGGUCAUGAAGCAUUUCAAAUUGAUUAGACAGUUUGUCAAUCCCGCAACCAACAUCACAGCUUUGAACCUAUUUAGAUUGAUAAUCCAGAACUUCAAGGAUUUGGAGAAAAGGGAAUAUAACUACUUUGACUUUAAUCAAGUUUGGAAGUUUAUUGAUAGUGUUGUUGUCGAUAAAGCAGAUCAUUCUCGAAAGAAAAGAAAGAUUGAUGAUUAUCCAGGGACUUUUAGGUUGUCUGUGUCGUCUUCGCGUGGAGAAAACCUAGAAACUCCUAUGCAGAUAAACACCGUUGAUUUAUCAUCAGCUGAAAAUAAGCAAAGGGAAAACUAUAGCACAUCAGACUUUUUAGAAGAUUUGGCACUUUUACGUGAUCAUAAAGUCAAGGAGCUUCUGCUCGAUGAUCUUGAUGAGUUUGAGUUAAAAGAGGAUACAAGCUUGGGAUUAAUGGAGCUUCUUCAGACGUGGUACACGCAAAUUGAAAAAAAGUUUUCUUCAAAAGAACAAAAAGAAGAGAUAAAAAGGGUGAAGCUUUUGAAAAGUGUCAUGGCAAAAGCAGAUAAUCUGAUGGAAGUAAAGGAGAAGUUGAAACUGUUUUUGUUGGAAUUAAUUCAGCGAUCUGGUACAGAAAGGGAAAAGACAGUUUUGAUGAUCAACAAACUAAUUGUUUUUGACAUAAUUUCUGUUGGUGAAGUAGUUUCCAUUAUGAAGUCGUCUGUUGCUUGUGACAUAUUGUAUGCAAUGCUUUUCGACGAUGGGUCAUUCGCGUCCACAUCCACGUUAACGGCGGCGCAGAAGGAAUUGUUAAAUAUAAGUAUUGGGUUGUUCAAACAAAGGAAUAGAAAGACCUGCAUGGAAUUGAUUCUGAGUAGUAUUUUGUUAAAGGGUGACCUAUGUAUUAUGAGGGGUGAAACGAUAAGUCUCAAAAAGCCCGUUAUAGAGUAUCUUAGUCAGUGUGUUGCGAUUGAUGCCCCAAAUAUGUACAAUUUACUUUUUGCAAGGUUGGAAAAGAAGAAGGAGUUUGUGCAAAUUGUUAAUCCUUUAUUGGGGAAAACACAAGAUGAAUAUAUUUCGAACUUGGAGGAUCUAGAAAAGGAAUUUGAAAAUGUGAAUGUGUUUAAUCUAAGAGUGUACCAAAUAUUACUUAGUAGGCUUUGUGAUGAAACCUUGACUUUGGAUGUCGACAAGAGAAAACGUUGGGAAGAUUUUGUAAUCAAGGUAUUGAGCAGUGCACUGUCCAAGAUUAUUAAAACCAGAAAAAUACACCUUCUUGAUAUAUUUGAAUUCUGUCCUUGGGAGUACAAAGCGAUUGUGCUUGAAAAAAUUGAGGAUAUAUUCUUAUCACAAUCAAAAUUUGACAAUGAAGUUCCCAGUCUUGUUAUCAACAAACAUGAGUCGUUAGCAAUAGUUGAUCAAUUGUUCACUACGUUUUUGUUCUACCCCAUGGGAAAUGUCGAGAGUUGCAAAGAAUUUGUCCAAAACUUUUCAACGUACAGCAGGAAGGUACAAUCUCUACUAAAUUCGUCCUCACAACAAUUGAAUGGCCCACAAGAAAAUGUUGAUCAUUCGUUGUCCAUUUUGUUGAAGAUACUUAUCAUCCACAAAACAACAUUGUGCCGCUUUAUAGGUUGUCACAGUACCGAGGAAAGUGUAAUAACUCUAGUUGGGAGCUUGGUUGAUAUUUUGAAACUGAAAUACUUGUCGAAUUUCAAAGACAAAUUGAGAGUACUUUUUUAUGAUUUGCUUUUAUUGAUGAAGUCUUUGGUGACAGAAGAGGCGACAUCUAACCUUGACUUUGAUGUGCAAACCUUACCCGAGCUUUCCAACCAAGAUCAUUUCGGUGAUCUGCGAAUGGUUCAAAGUGCUGUGGAUAGUUCCACCAGCACCGUGCAAGUAAGACAACUAUUUGACUUGCCUGAGUUUAGCGAUAAAAGCGUGUUCAAGGACGAAAUCAAUGACAGUAGCUUGAUUGCAUGCUCGAUAAUGCUUGAACGCGACGAGCUCAAUCAUGGAGGCGAUAUACACGUGUGCAACAACAGUGGUAUCAAAGUAUGUUCCUCAAAUACAAACUCAUUUGGAAUUCCAUCAUUUAUGGGGAACAUCUUAAGCACAGGCAAACUGAGAGGAGACCAAACAAAGAGUUGUUCUAAUACUACAAAGCCGUUUAAAAUGAAAAGUUAUGAGCUUUUGGAAGACACUACAACCACUAGCAUCAAUGAUGCGUGUGUGAAUUUACUGCUUUUCGAUUCAUUCUUGACCAGGGAGAAUCCUUUGUAG